GCAGCAGUAGCAGCAGCAGCGACAACAACAAAAAAAUGCUGCCUGCAAAUAACUCUACUCUAUGUGCUGGCUGUGGUAGUUUUUUUUUUCGAAUAUACUUUUUUUUUCUCGCUAUAUUCUUCUACACUUUUUGUUCAGUUCGAAGUUUGUGUUGCGUUGUGUUAGUUCGGUUGCUAUAUGCCGCGCCACGGCUUGUCGAAUUGCUGCUGCGCUAGUAUUGGUGCGUUUGAAAUGUGAACGAACAUUCGAUUGCAAAAGCUGCAUUGUGUUGCGAGUGUGCAAGACCGGGAUAGGUAUACAAAACAAAAAAAAACAACGAAGCAGUCACAGUACAAUUGUGUGUAUCGGUACGUUGUACACGGGCGUACGGUAGCGUCUUGGUAGUGGUAAGGUAUACCAUUUUCAGAUUGGCAUUGUGAGUUUGUCUUCGAAAUUUCAUCUGAAACAUUCAGACAUUUUUGUUUGUCGUCCGACCGAUUUCUUUGAAUUCGAUGCUCAACUGAUCCCAACCACACACACACACACACGCACACAAAAGAAGGAUUCCAUUUCGCCGUUUUCAAUCAAUCUCCAAUUCCAAAGAGUGAAUUUUAAUUUGCCGUCAAAAUUUUCGUGUAUUUCUUCAGUGUUUUAAGAAAAGAAAACAGCGUCUUGAAAAUGGUUUAAGUGGUCAGUUAGAACGGGUGAACACACAGAAACCUGCAAACUAUCUAGCAAACAUCGAAUUCGAGUGAGAUCUCAAACAAACACACCGUUUGUUCAAAUCAUCUUCUAUUAGUAUUGUAGCUAACACUGCGUGCAUUGCAAUUUAUGUGCGAAUACUUGAACGAGGAAAAAAAAACUCACUAGUUUAGAAAAAAAAAGAUGCGAUGUAAAAUCUUGAAAUAUUGAUACGUUGAUGACUGUCAAAUAGUACACAAGGGAACACAAAAUAAAACGAACAGACAGUUUCGUUGCGAAUGACAACUACGUUCACUUGACAGAAGAGCUAGAAAAGAGAGAAAAAAGCGCGAUACAAGCAGAAAGAGUGUGUGAUUGAGAAAUAGCGCCAAACAAAACGUGUCAUAUAUAUAUAUAUACAAAAAUCAUAAAACAAUUGAGUUUGUAUGAAAAAAAAAACGAAGAACAAACCGUAGUUUGAGCGUAGAAAAAGAAGAACAGCAGAAAAAAAUGGAUAGCGAAAGUAGUCAUAGCAAUUCGACGUUGGAACGAAAAAACCCACGUCGAAAUCGACGACUUCAAAGCAGCAAUUCAAAUGAGAGCGAUUCGAGUGCGAGUUUAAUGCAAGUGGAUUUUGAUGCCCUAAAAAAUGAUACGGCUUCCAUUGCAAAUGUAGACAGUUCGAAAGAGGAUCCGUUAUCACUGCCAUCAAUGGACGAAACACAAGCUCAAACGCAAAACAAUAAUGAUGACGAAGAUGAUGAAAAAAGUCCCGCAAACUGUUUACAAAAUCGAAGCGAUACCGACAAUGAAAAUGCAGAAAAUGCUGAAAACAAUGUUGUGAAUAAUGUUAGUAAAAUAAAGUUAGUGCCAUUGGAAAAAUUGUUGUCGUAUACGCAUACAACAAAUUCAAAUUCACAGUGUCAAUCGGUCGAAAUAAGUUCAGAUUCAAGUGAUCAGCCACUCGCUGAUAUCAUCAAGACAAAUAACAAGCCAGGUCCAAAGAGACGAUUUUCAAAGAAGCGUCGCAAACCAAGUUGUAUUGACAUUAGUUCGAAUGAGUCGGACAGCGAUGAUGCCGGUACAAUGGUGCGACAAAAGCCAAAGCACAAAUCAAAAGUACACCGUUCACACCAAGAAAUCCUUUCGGUUAAAGUUCGAUUAAAUAAACUGCCAUCCAAUUUGGAACCGCUUCUCAAACAGUACAAUCUUAUCGAAAUUCGUGAUCGAGACCAAAAUGUCAUUGUAUCACGUGAAAAAACACAUCGAAACACUGAGAAACAAUCGAAAUCGAAAUCAAGCACAAAGCGCUUAUUAAGUGAUGGAAGUAGUGAUGCAACCGAUGACAGUGUUGUCAAGUUGAAAAGAAAUCAAGCCAAAAAACAGAAACUAAGUGACAACUGUGAACCGACCACUUCGAAGCGCUCAAGACAAUCUGUCAAACAGAAUAAGAGAUCAGAUCGCAUAAAGAAACAAAAACCAUUGCGCUACAAUAUUUCCUCUGAAAGCGACAACCAAAACGACAUCAACGACACCGACGACUCAGUUGAGAACAACAAGAGGAAAAUGCGGAAAAAGAAUGUGCCGAAAUCAUCGACCGAUGUCACCGAUUCGAACGGUGCAUCCAAUUCAGAAGAUGAAAUUGAAGAGAGUAAAAGUAACGAAAGCGAAGAGGACAUCCGAAUGAAGCGAAAACGUCAAGUGGCCGUCAAGAAGAGCAGCAAUGAUGAUGAUGAUGACGAUGAAGAUUAUCCCAAACCUGCGAAACACAGACGUCGCAAGCGAAUCAGAAAGAAUUCGAGCAGCAGUGACGAUGAUGGGGAGAUGGGUACGCCAAAGAAACAUGGCCGAAAAAAUAUCCGCAAGGUGAUACGAAGUGCCGAUUUGGAGGUGGAAACAAAAGAGGCUGCCAAACGUGAGGCCGAACGCAAGAAGCGUAUCGAAGAACGGCAAAAAUUGUACAACGAAAUGUACGAUAACAAACUGGAGGAGAUAAGUGAGCUUGACAAAUUGGUAUUGGAUUUUGAUCCCGAAACAAAGGAGGAAUUGAUUUCGGUGGAUAGAAAACUAGUGAAAAAGCUGAAACCGCAUCAAGGGCAAGGUGUUAAGUUCAUGUGGGAUGCAUGCUUCGAAUCGAUUGAGAAGAUCAACGAAAACCAUGGUGGCGGUUGCAUUUUGGCCCAUUGCAUGGGUCUUGGUAAAACGUUACAAGUCGUUGCGUUAGUGCAUACACUAUUGACGAACAGUGAGGAAACGGGCGUGGAGAAGGUAUUGAUCAUAUGCCCAGUGAGCACGGUUCUGAAUUGGGUGAACGAAUUUAAAAUUUGGCUACGCCAUUGUGGCCACAAUCGAAACAUUGAAAUUUUUGAAAUUUCCAAAUACAAACAAAAUUUGGAACGGGCAAAUCGAAUCAAUGAAUGGCACAAAGAGGGCGGUGUACUUAUUUUGGGCUAUGAUAUGUUCCGAAAUUUGUCGAGCGAAAGUACACGGAUUCGAAAAAAGCAACGGGACAUCUUUCAAGAGAGUUUAGUGGAUCCAGGACCCGAUUUGGUCGUAUGCGACGAAGGUCAUUUAUUGAAAAAUUCCAAAACAUCGCUGAGCAAGGCCGUCAAUCGAAUUCGUUCGUUGCGUCGCAUCGUUCUGACCGGUACCCCACUUCAAAACAAUCUCAAUGAAUACUAUUGUAUGGUGCAAUUUGUGAAACCGAAUUUACUUGGAAAAUACAAUGAGUAUUUGAAUCGUUUUGUGAAUCCAAUCACAAACGGCCAAUACACCGACUCAACGCCCUUUGAUAUUCAGAUGAUGAAGCGCCGGUCGCACAUUCUUCACAAAUUGCUCGAUGGUUGCGUACAACGUCGAGACUAUUCCGUGCUCGCACCAUUCCUACCGCCUAAACAAGAGUACGUGCUUUACAUUCGAAUGACCAAACUUCAGGUUGAUCUAUACAAGUAUUACAUGGCCAACAGACCGGCUCAAAGCGAAUUUGGCAAGACACGGUCAUCAAUUUUGUUCCAAGAUUUCCAGAAUUUGCAACGAAUCUGGACACAUCCUCGUGUACUGCGAUACAAUAGUGAUCGUUACGAGCAAAUGGCACAAAAGAAAAGGUUUAUGGCAAGUGAUGAUGAAGAAGAAGAAGGUUCGCUCAAAGAUUUCAUCGAUGACGAAGACGAUGAAGAUGAUUCCGAAAUGGAAAACAGCGCAUCGGACAGCUCAUCAUCAUCAAAUGGGUCAUCAGUGCAAUCGGUUCACUCAGACAAACCAUCAAACAGCAAAAAGUCACAGGCACAGGCACAGGCACGCCGAACCAGAGCCAAUGCCAGAGAUUUCGAUCCGGAGCCAAUUGAGCCGAUAAAGGAAGAGAAUCCAACCGAAUGGUGGAUGCCAUUGUGCCCUGAGGAGGAAUUGAAUAAUAUCGAAUACUCCGGCAAAUUGAUGCUGUUAUUCUCGAUAUUGGCUGAAUGUGAGGCAUGCGGUGAUAAAUUGCUAGUGUUCUCGCAGAGUCUCUUUUCGCUCGACGUCAUCGAACACUUUUUGGCGAUGAUCGACGAAAACACACAAAACCCCAAUCCCGAUGCCAAACUGGGCGGCUUUACCGGCAGCUGGGCACGUGGUCUUGAUUACUUCCGUUUGGAUGGUUCAACAAAUAUCGAAACACGGAAUGCCAACUGCAUCAGUUUCAACAGUGAGGAAAACUCAAAAGCAAGACUCUUUUUGAUUUCGACACGAGCUGGUGGCUUGGGUAUCAAUUUAGUGGCAGCGAAUCGAGUUAUUAUCUUCGACGCUUCAUGGAAUCCAUCUCAUGAUAUUCAAAGUAUUUUCCGUGUAUACCGUUUCGGUCAGAAGAAACCGUGUUACAUUUACCGUUUCAUUGCGCUCGGCACAAUGGAAGAGAAGAUCUACGAGAGACAAGUGACCAAAUUGGCAAUUUCGAAGCGUGUCAUCGAUGAGCAUCAAAUCGAUCGACAUUACAAAGAGAACGAUUUGAAUGAGUUGUACAACAUUGAAAAUAUUGAUCCAGAAGGUGAUCCAAUACGGCCUAAACUGCCUAAAGAUCGAUUGUUCGCCGAACAGCUUCACAAGUAUCCUGAUCGAAUUUGGAAGUUCCACGAGCACGACUCACUGCUAGAAAAUAAAUCGGAAGAAACGCUGUCGAAAGAGGAAAUCGAAGCGGCGUGGAAGGAGUUUGAAGAAGAAAAGAAUCGACCAACUGUUCAACAACAGAGCUUCGUUGGAUAUCCAGCGUAUCAAAGAGCACCAGGCGCUGGACCAGUUACAUCAAACAAUAUAUUCGGCUUUCGUACGGAUAUUCUUUUACAAUUGCUUAAUAUAAAAGCACGCCGUACCUAUCCAGGCACCUCAAAUAUUUCGGAUAUAGUUCCUAUGCUACUGAAACACUUGUAUGAAACGAUGGAAAAGAAUGACACAUCGUUUUAUCAAGAGCUGCUUUUCAUCCAGCAAACUGAAAUGGCGGCACCGUCUCAAGGGAGCUAUUUAACACCAGCUGGUCACAUAAUGCCAGCCUACAGCGGACGAGGCAGACCUCCACUAAAUCCACAAAACAGUACCGUUCAUAUGCAACAGCAGCAUUUGAUUCAGCAGGCACAAAAUAGACUAAUGAACAUAAACAAUGGUAAUCCACGAUUGCCAGCACCUCGCGUAGAACCGCAAGUAAUCGAAAUUGAUUAAACGAGCUUCGAGCCGAAGAAGCUGAAUAACCGAUGACAACAACAACAACAACAACAGCAACCCGUUUAACCGCCAGGCUUAAAUUUGCCAGUGCAAAUUGAAAUUUGGAUCUAAAAUCGAUCUCUUUUGUUUUUACUUUGGCUUUCAAUUGAAAACAAUACAUUUUUCGUUCUGUUGACACACAAGCCAACACAUGAAACAUAACUUUGAAUCAAAAACCAUACGAAAAGAAAAAGAAAACAGAAAA